AUGGUGAUCGCCGUCGAGGGCAACGGCUUCGUGCACGACGAGGAGGAGGACGGAGACCGCCCUAUCCGGUACCUUCCCCUCGGCCACGUCUAUUCUUCCUCCGCCCCCGCCCCGCGCCCGCCGGCCCAGAAGAAGCCCCGCUUCGACGACCUUAACCCUCCCAUUAAAGUAUAUUACCGCCGCCGUCGCAAAAAGCUGCGGGUCGAUGAGUCGCUGUCGCCGCCCUCGCCAACGACGGCCCCACUCGCGCCGCUGGAGCGGGAUGAGGAGGCUGGGCCCACGUGCCGGAAAGGCUCUCUCAAGCACGAGCUGCUCAGCCUGAGCUCUGCCUCACCUGCAUUGGACGGGGACGGGGACGUGGACGGGAAGGAGCCGGAACGGCGGCGAGGGCGAACGAGACGCCGUGGAGCGGCUGAGAAGACGGUUUGCUUCUCAGAACCUGAGAGGCGUCGGCCGGGCAGGCCCAAGGGGUUGGUCGGGAGGAGAUGGGUCGAGUUGGAUAUUCAGACUGCGGAUCCUAAUGCCUUUGUUGGAUUGGUGUGCAAGGUUUUCUGGCCGCUGGAUGAUGAUUGGUACAAGGGCUCCAUCACAUGGUACAAUGAGGCAACCAAGAAGCAUUCAGUGAAGUAUGAUGAUGGUGAAGCAGAGGACCUUAGCCUUGCAGAUGAAAGGAUAAAGUUUUCCAUCUCCUGUGACGAGAUGAAGUCCCUGAAUCUGAAAUUUGGAAUUUCCAAUCUGGAUAAGAAGGGACAUGAUGAGUUGCUUGCACUUGCUGUUAGCUUUCAUGACUAUCAGGGUCUCGACCCAGGUGACCUUGUGUGGGCAAAAAUUACAGGUCAUGCAAUGUGGCCGGCGGUUGUGGUGGAUGAGUCAAAUGUACCUGCAACCCGAGCUUUGAAGUCCAUGCGGUUGGACCAAUCAAUAUUGGUCCAAUUCUUUGGUACUCAUGAUUUUGCAAGGAUUAAGUUGAAGCAAGCUGUGCCGUUUCUGAAUGGCCUUGUUUCUUCUUUGCAUCUCAAAUGCAAGCAAACAAGUUUCAGUCGGAGCUUAGAAGAAGUGAAGGAAUUUCUCAGCACACAGCAGCUUCCAGAAAUUAUGUUGCAGCUUUGGAAAUCCGUUCAACAUGAUGGUUCUGAUGUUAAUUCCUAUGAAGACAAGGUAGACCCUUGCGGUAAUUUGUCAGAAGAUCUAGCAGUGCAAAAUGGAGAGGAUGCUGAAAUGACUCAAAUAGAACUAGGAAACCUUCGUGUGAGCAAUUUAGGUAGGAUAGUAUCUAACUCUGACCAUUUCCAUAACAAAAAGGAUAUAUGGCCUGAAGGAUAUACUGCUUUCAGAAAGUACAUGUCAAUAGCAGACCCACAUUCAGUAACAUCAUACAAAAUGGAAGUACUAAGGAACUCUGAUACAAAAGCACGGCCAUUGUUUAGGGUGAUCUCAGAAGACGGGGUGCAGAUUGAUGGAUCUACCCCAAAUGCAUGUUGGAAAGAGAUAUACUGCAGAAUAAAGGAAAAACAGUGCAAUGCUGCUACUGAAUUGGAAAGAAACUUAUGCCAAAAGUCUGGUUCCUACAUGUUUGGCUUUUCAAAUCCGCAGAUAAGGCAGCUUAUUCAGGAAUUGCCCAAUGCAAGGUCAUGUCUGAAAUAUUUUGAGAACGGUGGGGACACUAUCCUUGGUUAUAGAGCGGUUCAUGUUAACUGGAAAGAUCUGGACUGUUGCAAUGUUUGUGAUAUGGAUGAGGAGUAUGAAGACAACUUAUUCUUGCAAUGCGACAAGUGCCGUAUGAUGGUUCAUGCUAGAUGUUAUGGUGAACUUAAACAAUUGGACGGAGGACUUUGGCUUUGCAACUUGUGUCGACCAGGUGCACCUCGUGUGUCUCCAAAAUGCUGUCUAUGUCCAGUCACAGGUGGUGCAAUGAAACCUACAACAGAUGGCCGUUGGGCUCAUCUCGCAUGCGCUAUAUGGAUCCCUGAAACAUGCUUAAAAGAUGUAAAGAGAAUGGAACCGAUUGAUGGACUGAGCAGAAUCAACAAGGACCGUUGGAAACUUGUAUGCAGCAUCUGCGGAGUUUCGUAUGGAGUAUGUAUACAGUGUUCUCAUCCUACCUGUCGUGUUGCGUAUCACCCUCUUUGUGCACGUGCUGCUGACCUUUGCAUUGAGCUUGAAAAUGAUGACAAAAUCCAUCACAUGUAUCUUGAUGAAGACGAGGAUCCUUGUAUUCGUUUACUCUCGUACUGCAAAAAGCAUAGACAGCCAUCUGCUGAACGUCCAUCUCUAGAAAGUGACCCUGCUGAACCUGUCCAGGUAGUUCAGACGGAUGUGGUUUCAUCAUCUGGUUGUGCAAGGACUGAACCCUAUAAUUUUCGCAGAAGGGGCCAAAAACAGCCACAAGUUGUGGCUACUGCUUCUCUGAAACGUUUAUAUUUGGAGAAUAGACCGUAUAUUGUCAGUGGUUACUGCCAAAAUAGAGUAGGCAAUGCUUGCAGUGAAUCACUUCAACCGGUUGGCUCGUCAGAUGCUGUGCAGCAAGAAGCUAUUGGCAAUGUGUCUUCUAUGGUUGAAAAAUAUACAAUCAUGAAGGCUACAUUUAGGAAGAGACUAACUUUUGUAGCAGUGGAGUUUAUAGCAAGAAAUUGA